AUGGAUGCAUUCGAAUAUAACGCGAACCCUGGGCGAGUCAUCUUCGGCAGUGGUACUCUCCAGAAACUCCCCGAUGAGAUCUCUAGACUCAAUCUAAAGGCUCCACUGGUGUUGUCAACACCACAGCAGAUCAGCCAAGCGGAGAGGGUCAAGGAUGUCCUCAAGGGUAAGGUAGCUGGCAUCUUUACUGAGGCUACAAUGCACACUCCUACACACGUUACAGAAAAGGCUCUCGAGUAUGCAAAGUCUCGGAAUGCUGAUUUGGUCAUCUCUAUCGGCGGUGGAAGCACCAUCGGGCUGGGAAAAGCCAUCAGCAUCCGUACGGGCAUGCCUCACAUUUGCAUUCCAACCACCUAUGCGGGAAGUGAAAUGACCCCUAUCUUGGGUGAGACGGCCGAUGGCUUGAAGAAGACACGUUCAGACCCUAAAAUCCUUCCCGGAACUGUCAUUUACGAUGUCGACCUUACUAUGACAUUGCCACCAGCAAUGAGUGCUACGAGUGGUGUGAAUGCUAUUGCUCAUGCCGUCGAAGCACUCUAUGCCCGCAAUACUAACCCCGUCAUCAACUUGAUGGCCGCCGAGGGUACCCGUGCACUAGCAUCAGCCCUUCCUGAGAUUGUCGAGAACCCCACAUCUCAAUCUGCCCGGGCGUCGGCUCUGUAUGGUGCUUGGCUCUGCGGGACUUGCCUCGGUAGUGUGGGUAUGUCUAUACACCAUAAACUAUGCCAUACGUUGGGUGGCAGUUUCAACCUGCCCCAUGCAGAGACACAUACAGCAGUGUUGCCCCAUGCAAUCUCUUACAACGCACCGAAGAUUCCAGAGGCAAUGAAGAAGCUGGCUGAAGCGCUUCCCGGUAGCAAUGGAGAUGCUGUCCAGGGUCUAAACAUCUUGCUGUCCAAAUUGCAAGUCAAGCGAGGCCUUAAGGACUUUGGCAUGAAGGAGGAAGAUAUCGACAAGGCAGCGGAUAUUGCUGUGAGCAACCCCUACUGGAACCCACGGGAGAUCGAGCGCGCACCAAUCCGUGAAUUGAUUCGACGUAUGGCUACAGAAAUGGCAGCAGCCCCCGUGCUGUCAACCCCCGAUGAUCGUAUUCUCGAGGCUACAGAACCCAUCACUACACAAGAGGCACCGCGCACGUUGUCGGAUGAGGAGCUAUCAAUCACUUAUGAUAUUGACCGCACGUUGAAGGAGAUCCGAGAGGCUCGUUAUAGGCGAAUUGCUCUUCAGUUCCCCGAUGAUAUGCUUCCGGAUGCACCACGGGUGUUUCAAUUGCUUAGCCGCGGUUUAGACAAGCGCAACGCUACUGACGGCAAUGUUUCUCACACGCAGAAAGAUGGAGCGAGUACUACUGCAGAGUCGGAUGGCCUAGCGCAUUCGGUUUCUCAGCUCAAUAUCGCGGAUACUACGGAGACGUCGCCAAAACUGUAUAUCUUAGCCGAUACGUCCUACGGGACUUGCUGCGUCGACGAGGUGGCUGCGGAGCAUGUCAAUGCAGAUGUCGUCGUGCACUAUGGCCGCUCAUGCCUAUCUCCAACGUCGAGACUACCGGUGAUCUACGUUUUCACACAUAAACCUCUUCCCAUCGACCCCGUCGUUCGCGCUUUCCAAGAGACCUACCCUGACCUUACCACAAAGGUCAUCCUCGCGGCUGACGUGACAUACACCGAUCAUAUUCCUGCAGUGUAUUCACGACUUGUGAAUGAAGGUUACACCAACUUGUUUGCUACUGAUUUGGUCCACAACCCAUCAUCUGCGAUUCCCAACCGAACAGUGCCGGACUCGGUUCGCGAGACUCCUGAUUCAUUAUCAGAAUGGCAGCUUUUCCACAUUUCAGACCCUCCCACGGCUCUCCUCAUGACGCUGGCGUCUCGUGUAGCUUCAAUCCACAUAUAUCCCACAGAUGACCUCCAAAACGAAAACGUCAAGCCUUUGCCUGCAUCGACCGCGAUCGCUUUGCGGCGUCGAUAUGCCACCUUGACCCGUCUCAGCACUGCACCAAUCUUCGGAAUUUUAGUCAACACGCUCAGUGUGAAGAACUAUCUACAUAUCGUAGAGCAUGUGAAGCAGAAAAUCGCGGAAGCUGGCAAGAAGAGCUAUAUGUUUGUGGUGGGGAAGUUGAACGCAGCCAAGGUGGCUAAUUUCAGUGAGAUCGAUGGUUGGGUGGUCAUCGGUUGCUGGGAGAGUUCCCUAGUUGAUAGCAAAGAUUUCUGGAAGCCAGUGAUCACCCCAUUUGAGCUGGAGCUUGCUCUCCAGGGGGAUGCCGAGCGUAUCUGGACCGGAGCCUGGCAGAGUGACUUCCAGAGCGUUCUUAAUCAACCUAACCAGGAAGUCGAGGAUGAGACUCCAUUGUCGAAUGGUGUGGCCGCCGAUGAGGAAGAGGAUAUGUCAGAAUCCGAAUCUGCACCACCUGAGUUCGAUUUGCGCACCGGUCGAUAUGUCUCGCACUCGAGGCCGAUGCGGAAUCCUGCACCCCGCGUUUCAGCUUCAGCACAGGAUGCGGCGUCAGCAGCGAGUGGGCCGUCUGCUGCUCGAGCACUGGCCAAACGGGCCAAAGGGGAUUUGGCUAUGAUCGGCGGGACCUUCUCUCCAGGGGCAGAAUUUCUUCGGUCGCAACGGACGUGGAAGGGGUUGGGGAGUGAUUUCGAUAUUCAAUAUGAAGAGGACGCCCCAGAUGAUACGCUGGUGGUGGAAGGGCGCAAGGGCAUUGCAAGGGGAUAUACAGUGGGCGAUUCAAUAGACCGGCACUAA